AUGAGGCCGAGUCUCUCGAGUCUCAUCGCAUCACAAUUGAACAAUGCCUUGGUUGGACGCGGAAUUCAGGGAAUGGAGCUGUCAGACGGGCACAAAUGGGUUUCCAGAGAGUCUACGUACCUUUCGCCGCUGCGGGUCCUCCAAGUUCCUAGGAACAGCGCCAAACAAAAAGGCCUCACGCAAGCCAGGCGUGGGGCAGACUCAAACGGUCUGCUCUUCAGAAUCGAAUUCCACGAAAUCGCUCUGUCAGUCACUCGCUUCUGCAUUAUCGAACCAAUGCCAGAUGAGAUCAACGGCGUGCCUGCGCCGACAUUAUUCUAUGGGUCCAAUAGUAUCGGCAAAGGCCUUGGCUCUCGUAUCGAGACUCGAGAGCAUGCAGGUCUGCAAGUCGACCUUCUCGGACCCUAG